UUUGGGUUGUGCAACCCUCAGGGGAACCAACCCCCAAAGCUCGGGGAGACAGGGAGGCGUGUCCUCAGAACGAAAGUCCCAUUGGCUUUACUGCCCGCGGAAGUGUGGGAUGGUGCAGCCGCUCUUGUUGCUCAUUGGUCCCGUGAUUCCACGGGGUGGGACUUGGCUGGGCCUAAACUCUAUCCGCUGUCCCAGACCGGUUUCAGGGCAAAGCUGCCAUGCGUUCCGGGGGCCGCGGGCGGCCCCGGCUACGGCUCGGGGAACGCGGCCUUUUGGAGCCACCCUCACCGCCCAAGCGCCGCCUGCUACCUCGGGCGCAGCUGUUGCCUCUGCUGCUGCUGGCGCUGGCGGUGGCCUCGGUGUUAUACACCAGUUGGAGCGGCUGGCACCGCCAGACUGAGGAGCUGCCGCUAGGCCGGGAGCUGCGGGGCCCGUCUAUCGGGAGUCUCCCCGAAGCCGGGGUACGGAGGGUGGUGGGGCAACUGGACCCUCACCGUCUGUGGAACAAUUAUCUGCGCCCCCUGCUGGUUGUGCGGACCCCCGGCAGCCCCGGCAAUCUCCAAGUCAGAAAGUUCCUGGAGGCCACACUGCGGACCCUGACGGCAGGCUGGCAUGUAGAACUGGACCCCUUCACAGCCUCGACACCCCUGGGGCCACUGCACUUCAGCAAUGUGGUGGCCACGCUGGACCCAAGGGCUGCCCGUCACCUCACCCUUGCCUGCCAUUACGACUCGAAGCUCUUCCCAUCUGGGUCAGCCCCCUUUGUGGGGGCCACGGAUUCGGCUGUGCCUUGUGCCCUCCUACUGGAGCUGGCCCAGGCCUUGGACCUGGAGCUGGCUAGAGCCAAGGAGCAGGCAGCCCCAGUGACCUUGCAGCUGCUCUUCUUGGAUGGUGAAGAGGCACUGAAGGAGUGGGGACCCAAGGACUCACUUUACGGCUCCCGGCACCUGGCCCAGCUCAUGGAGUCUGCACCCCAUGGCCCCAGCUUCACCAGGAUCCAGGCUAUUGAUCUCUUUAUGCUUCUUGAUCUCCUGGGAGCCCCCAACCCGACCUUCUACAGUCACUUUCCUCGCACGGCCCGCUGGUUCCAUCGGCUGAGGAGCAUCGAGAAGCGCCUGCACCGUCUGAACCUACUGCAGUCUCAUCCUUGGGAAGUGAUGUACUUCCAGCCCGGGGAGCCCCCUGGCUCUGUGGAAGACGACCACAUCCCCUUCCUCCGCCGAGGGGUCCCCGUGCUCCACCUCAUCUCCACACCCUUCCCCUCUGUCUGGCACACGUCCGAUGACUCUGAGGCCAACCUGCACCCACCCACGGUACACAACCUGAGCCGCAUCCUGGCCGUGUUCCUGGCUGAAUACCUGGGGCUAUAGCCUGCCUGGCAGACUCUGAGGGAGAAGCAGCCAGCAGCAGAUGUGACGAGGGCACCUGGAACCGAGGAGCUCAGGCCAGGCCUGCUUGCGGUGUGCUGGCUUGUUCUUUUUUAACACCUUUGGCUCUGCUUGUGCUCUGACUGGAAGACCCUCUUUCUUUAUCUCAAGCUGCCACUCUUCAAAGACAUGGAAGAGACAGACCACUGUGGUGUGAGAGCCAAAGGAAUAAGAGAUUGGCUGCUGCCCUGAGGGAAACACUUGGGCUGCAGGUCUGCAGGGGCCAAAUGCCGUUCUCCAUUUUAGUCAGCAAAUGGCAUCUGGACCAGCAAUACCCCUGACCAAAUGAAUUCUCUGUGGCUUAUGUUUUUGUGGCAGUUCCUUCUCCAGAAUGGCAGCCUUGCUACCGCAUCAGUCCAAACCCAACUCCCACAUGGAUGUGCCAUGGGGAGCCCACAGAUGUGCUCGUAAGCAGGCAACAGAGGAGAUGGAAGCCAAUACUUGGAAACUCCAGAUUGUGCCAGAUCCAAUGGCCAAUAAACCAGUGUUUCUGCAAAA